CUCCACAGUGAUCCCGUGUCCUCUGACCCAGAGCUGAACUCCACAGAAACAGCACUGCAGAUAAACACUCUGGUGGAGGAAACUGAAGACUUUGAUCUGGAUUCUUAUCAACCAGUGAACGAUGUCCUGAGCAGAGUCUUAAAGACACACAAAACCAGCAUGAAGAACAAGUACGAGAGCUUAUUUGAGGGAAUCAGAACGGAAGAGAAUAAGACCCUCCUGAACAGGAUUUACACACAGCUCUACAUCAUAGAGGGAGAGAGAGAAGGAGUGAAUGAGGAACAUGAGGUUCUACAGAUGGAGAAAACAACCAGGAAACACCUACAAGACAUUCCAAUCAACUGCUUAGACAUCUUUAAAGAAGAAACAGAAAAGGGAAACAUUAGAGCUACAACAGCUAAACAUAAAAACCUAAAAGAGGAUGAAGAACGAAAUCAGCGAAAGAUAAGAACAGUUCUGACUAAAGGAAUUGCUGGAAUUGGAAAAACUGUCUCAGUGCAGAAGUUCAUUCUGGACUGGGCUGAAGGAAAAGCCAAUCAGGAUGUAGAUGUCAUGAUUGUGCUUCCAUUCCGGGAGCUGAACCUGAUUAAACAUGAUCAAUACAGUCUUCAUGAACUUCUGUGUAGUUUCCAUCCUGAGCUCAAAGAUCUGGACCCAGAGAUUUAUGAUCAGAUCAAAGCUGUGUUUAUAUUUGAUGGUCUGGAUGAAAGCAGAAUUCCACUAGACUUUGAACAGUGUGAGAAAGUAUCUGACAUCACCAUGACAUCAUCAGUGGGUGUGUUGAUGACAGACCUUAUCAAAGGAGAGCUGCUGCCAUCUGCUCUGAUCUGGAUCACCUCCAGACCAGCUGCAGCCAAUCAGAUCCCUCCUAAAUACGUCAACCGUGUGACAGAAAUUCAGGGAUUCAGUGACCCACAGAAGGAGGAAUACUUCAGGAAGAGGAUCAGUGAUGAAGACCAAGCCAAGAGAAUCAUCUCCCACAUUAAGACAGCGAGGAGCCUCCACAUCAUGUGCCACAUUCCAGUCUUCUGCUGGAUCUCAGCCACUGUUCUUCAGAGAAUCAUGAAGCAGCCUCAUACAGAAAUCCCUAAAACUCUGACUGAAAUGUACUCACACUUCCUGCUCACUCAGACACACAUGAAGAACGAGAAGUAUGAGGAGAAAAAGAGCAGAAACCCAGAGAAGCUGCUGGAGUCCAACAGAAUCAUGAUUCUGAAACUGGCUAAACUGGCUUUCAAUCAGCUGAUGAAGGGCAAUGUGAUGUUCUAUGAAGAGGACCUGAAAGAGAACGGCAUUGAUGUCACUGACGCCUCAGUGUAUUCUGGGAUUUUCACUGAGAUCUUUAGAGAGGAAUGUGUGCUUUUCCAGAGGAAGGUCUACAGUUUUGUUCAUCUGAGCUUUCAGGAGUUCCUGGCUGCUAUUUAUGUGAUUCACUGGAAUGAGGGCAAAAUCAUUCAGCCCCUCCAGUGUUUUAAUUCAAGUAAUAGACGAAGAAAUAGAAACCCAGUGGCGUUCUACUUACUACACGGUGAGUGGUUUGAUGAUGAUCUACUGUAUGAUCUGCUGGAAGAAGCAGUGGAUAAAGCCUUAGAGAGUAAGAAUGGACACCUGGAUCUUUUCCUCCGUUUCCUGCUGGGAAUCUUGCAGGAGUCCAAUCAGAGACUCCUACAGGAUCUACUGACACACGUACAGAGACCACCAGAGAGCAUUAAAGAGCACAUCAAAAAAGUAAUAAAUAAAGUUCACAUCUCAACUGAGAGAUCCAUUAAUCUGUUCUUCUGUCUGUCUGAAAUGAAUGACCAGACUCUCUUCAGACAGAUUGAGGAGUAUCUAAAAUCAGAGAAACACUCAGGUGAAGAUCUUUCUCCUGCACAGUGUUCAGCACUAGCCUACAUGAUCGUGAGCUCUGAGGAGGUUCUGGAUGAGCUGGACCUGAAGAAAUACAGAACAUCAGAGGAGGGUUAUAGGAGACUGAUCCCAGCUGUGACCUCCUGCAGAAAAGCCCAGCUUGCUGGCUGUAAACUCAGCAGGGACUCCUUUGAAACCAUCUGUUCUGCUCUGCAAUCAGCAAACUGCUCUCUCAAAGAUCUGGACCUCAGUAGCAAUGACCUGCAUGAUUCAGGAGUGGAGCUGCUCUCUGCUGGACUGAAGAGUUCACACUGCAAACUGGAGACACUCAGGUGAACUUUCUGUGAAUUCAUUCUUAUUGUACCUGUAUAACCACCAACACUGUGAUGGACCUGCUCAUUUAAA